AUGGAGAAGGAUGAGAUCGACGAAGAGGAAGAUUCAACUUGCGGAAUGAUUCACCCGAAGUUCAAAAUGUCUGCUUCCGCUCGCAUCUUCAACGGAGAAACAGCCGCUGCCCAUAGCUGGCCGUGGAUGGCAAUGCUGAUGCGAAGGAACAUCCGAACGAAAGAAUGGGAGCAGCCUUGCGCUGGUUCUGUCAUCAGUUCCCGCGCUAUCGUCACAGCUGCCCACUGUAUCGAUACUCUGCAUGUUGCGCGCUUCAAGGUCCUCCUGGACUAUGAAAACGAUAUCGCGUUACUUAUAACAAACAGUACGAUACAGUACAACGAGUAUGUACGGCCGAUUUGCCUGCCAGAUCCAGAAGCGGACAUCAUUAGAAGCAACAAAUACCAACAGUCUUCCUGUUUUGUCGCCGGCUGGGGAAACACCCGUCUCCAAGACAGUCUUUAUUAUUCGAGCAGUUAUGGAGAGAGUGAUCGAGCGAAUUUUCUGCAGCAAGCUCUGGUGCGCCUUUUUCCGAUGGACGAAUGCACACUUAAUCAGCGGGAGCUAGAAAUUGGCGUUCUUUUCAAAAGCAUGGAGAAUCGGCUCUGUGCGGGGCGAAGCACGGCUGACAGCAGUUACGACCCCAGCAAAUAUGGCUCCAUUCCUUCUUCAGCGCAUGGCGCCGCUUGCGACGGGGACUCUGGUGGGCCUCUAUUCUGCCUGGACCUCGGAGACGACGGUUACAAGCUGCAGGGAAUCGUCAACAUUGGCGCUGGCUGCGGCCGGCGAGGACUCUACACCCGUGUCGCUAACUACAUGGCCUGGAUCUUCGAAAACAUGCACGUCGAUCCCAAAUAA